CCCCGUGACCCACCUGUGACUGUCGGGUCGGCCCCGGUUCGGAGACGGCGGAGCGUGCCCGGGUGGCGGCGGCGGCGGUGGCGCCGCAGCGGCAACGGCCCCGCUAUGUGGCUGGGCCCGGAGGAGGUGCUGCUGGCCAACGCGCUGUGGGUGACGGAGCGGGCCAACCCCUUCUUCCUCCUGCAGCGGCGGCGGGGCCACGGCAAGGGGGGCGGCCUGACGGGGCUGCUUGUGGGAACCUUGGAUGUGGUUUUGGACUCAAGCGCUAGGGUUGCUCCUUACAGAAUUUUACAUCAGACACAGGAUUCUCAAAUCUAUUGGGCAGUGGCAUGUGGUUCAUCGCGUAAGGAAAUAACAAAACACUGGGAAUGGCUAGAAAAUAACUUGCUUCAGACACUUUCUAUCUUUGACAAUGAAGAAGAUAUCACUACCUUUGUCAAGGGCAAGAUACAUGGCAUUAUUGCUGAAGAAAAUAAGAAUCAGCAGCCUCAGGGGGAAGAAGAUCCUGGUAAAUUUAAAGAAGCUGAACUGAAGAUGCGUAAACAGUUCGGAAUGCCUGAAGUAGAGAAACUAGUGAAUUACUAUUCCUGCAGCUAUUGGAAAGGGCGUGUCCCCAGGCAAGGCUGGCUGUAUCUGACUGUUAAUCACCUUUGUUUCUAUUCUUUCCUUUUGGGCAAAGAAGUGACCUUAAUAGUCCAGUGGGUAGAUGUAACCCAGCUGGAGAAGAAUGCCACCCUUCUAUUCCCUGAAUGCAUCAAAGUGAGUACCAGGGACAGUGAGCUCUACUUCUCUAUGUUCCUCAACAUCAACGAGACCUUCAAGUUAAUGGAACAGCUGGCUAACAUUGCCAUGCGGCAACUAUUUGAUAAUAAAGGGUAUGUGGAGGACAUGUUGCUUCCUAAGCCCAGCAAGCCACUCAAAAAUAUUUCAGCACUCAAAAGAGAUUUGGAUGCUCGAGCCAAAAAUGAAUGGUACCGUGCUUCAUUUCGACUUCCUAAGGAUGAACGUCUUGAUGGGCAUACAGAUUGUACUUUGUGGACCCCAUUCAAUAAAAUUCACAUUCCUGGACAGAUGUUUGUUUCCAACAACUAUAUUUGUUUUGCUAGCAAGGCAGAGGAGGCUUGCCAUCUCAUAAUACCACUCAGGGAGGUCACAAUUGUUGAAAAAGCUGACAGUUCCAGUGUAUUGCCUAGCCCACUCUCCAUCAGUACCAAAAGCAAAAUGACCUUCCUUUUUGCUAACCUGAAAGACCGUGAUUUCCUGGUGCAGAGAAUCUCUGACUUCCUGCAGAAAACUCCGUCCAAGCAAUCGUGUAACAAUGGAGGAGGACGGAAAAAGAGCUGUGGUGACAAUGCACACGAGGAAAUUUCAGAGCUGUCUCCCAGCAGCCCACUUGCAGCCAGCCCUGUCUCACCUCUCAACAAUCAGCUGGCCAAUUUUUGCACAGAUGAAGUACCAACAGCAUCCCAGGGACUGCUUAAACUGUUUGGGAACAACACUGGGGAGCUCGUUGGAUCAAAAGGGGCAAAGGAGACAAUGAAAGAGGAGUCAUGGAACAUUCAUUUUUUUGAGUAUGGGAGAGGAAUGUGUAUGUAUCGCACACCCAAGACCCGUGAACUGGUGCUAAAAGGGAUUCCAGAGAAUCUUCGUGGAGAGCUAUGGCUCCUAUUUUCAGGAGCCUGGAACGAGAUGGCUACUCACCCUGGGUAUUAUGCAGACUUGGUGGAACAGUCAGUGGGAAAGUAUAGCCUUGCUACAGAGGAAAUAGAACGAGACUUACAUCGAUCAAUGCCAGAGCACCCUGCCUUCCAGAAUGAGCUGGGGAUUGCUGCACUUCGAAGAGUACUGACAGCAUAUGCUUUUCGGAAUCCCACAAUUGGCUACUGCCAGGCCAUGAACAUUGUGACAUCGGUACUGCUUCUGUACUGUAAUGAAGAAGAAGCUUUCUGGCUCCUUGUGGCCUUGUGUGAGAGGAUGCUGCCAGAUUAUUAUAACACCAGAGUGGUUGGUGCCUUGGUAGACCAGGGCAUCUUUGAGGAGCUCACACGGGACUGUCUUCCCCAGCUGUCUGAGAAGAUGCAAGACCUGGGAGUCAUUUCCAGCAUAUCGCUUUCUUGGUUCCUCACACUCUUUCUCAGCGUCAUGCCUUUUGAAAGUGCUGUGGUCAUUGUUGACUGUUUCUUCUAUGAAGGCAUCAAAGUCAUCUUGCAGGUAUCUCUGGCCAUCUUGGAUGCCAACAUGGAGAAGCUGCUAAACUGCUGUGAUGAAGGCGAGGCCAUGACUGUCUUGGGCAGGUACCUGGACAACGUAGUUAAUCGACAGAAUGUGUUCCCACGUAUUCCCCACCUCCAUGCCUUACUGACAAGUGGGGAUGAUCCACCAGUUGAAAUUGAUAUCUUUGAACUUAUAAAAACAGCCUAUGAGAAAUUUGGCCAUUUGAAAGCAGAUGACAUUGAGCAGAUGCGCUUUAAGCAGAGAUUGAAAGUGAUCCAUUCUUUAGAGGACACAGCUAAGAGAAGUGUGGUCCGAGCUAUAUCUGGUGACAUUGGUUUUUCUAUGCAAGAAUUAGAAGACCUCUAUGUAGUAUUUAAGGCAAAACACCUAAUGAGCUGUUAUUGGGGAAAUCACACUGUAUCUGCCCAGCGAGACCAGAGCCUGCCCUACUUAGAGCAGUACCGCAUUAACAUGGAGCAGUUCAAGGAGUUGUUUGCAUCUCUUACUCCUUGGUCUUGUGGCCUCCACACACCAGUGCUAGCAGAAAGAAUGUUCCGAAUGUUGGAUGAGAACAAAGAUGCACUAAUUAACUUCAAGGAGUUUGCAACAGGGAUGAGUGGAAUGUAUCAUGGUGAUCUGACUGAGAAGCUAAAACUUCUUUACAAACUACACCUACCUCCAGCUCUGAGCCCAGAGGAAGCAGAGUCUGCUCUGGAGGCCACACGUUACUUCACAGAAGAUAAUGCUACAGAAGUAUCUCCCUUUGUCUCAGAACUGGAUCUCUUCCUGCAUUGUGAUUCUCAAGAAGCAGCUAUGCGGGAAGAGAAAGCACCAAGAGAUGGGAACCCCAAAGACCAAGAGGAAAAGGGCACCAGUCCCCAAGAUUACAGAUAUCACCUGCGAAUUUGGGCCAAGGAAAAAGAUUCCAAAAAAGAAACUAUCAAAGAUCUUCCUAAAAUGAGUCAGGAGCAAUUUAUAGAGCUCUGCAAGACCCUUUACAAUAUGUUCAGUGAAGACCCCGUGGAGCAAGAGCUGUACCAUGCCAUUGCCACCGUUGCCAGCCUUCUCCUGCGCAUUGGGGAAGUAGGCAAAAAGUUCUCCCACCAGCCUGCUAAGAAAGCUGAUGACUUAAAAGCAAACAGCAUUCAGGACCCAGUAAGUGAAGAAGAGUCUCCAACAUCUGACCAGAGUCAGAAUUCAACUGUGGAGCAGUAUUCCCAAGCUACUCCAGAAGAAAAAGCUUCUGGAGACAUUCAGGUUGAGAAACAGCAACAGGAAAACCAGAUUUUGGUAGAUGGAGGUGGUGAGGGUCCAGGAUCUCCAAUACAGCUGUUUUCAGAUGAUGAAACUAAAGACGAUAUGUCCAUGUCUUCAUACUCCAUGGUCAGCACAGGCUCUCUGCAGUGCGAAGAUAUUGCAGACGAUACAGUGCUGGUUGGUUGUGAGGCGGGCAGUUCAGCUGCGCGAUAUGGCAGUACCAUUGACACAGACUGGUCCAUUUCCUUUGAACAGAUCUUGGCCUCCAUGCUUACAGAGACAGUACUGGUAAACUACUUUGAGAAGAAAGUUGACGUUGCACAGAAGAUCAAGGAACAAAAGAAAGUGGAGAGGCAGUUCAGUGCAUCCAGUGAUUAUGAACUUACCUCAGUAUCAGGCUGAACUCAAGAGAGAGGUGUAAAUAAUAGAGGCAGGAAAACUAGAAACCUAGCAGAUAGCUGGACACUUGUUUUUUGUUUUUUACCAACACCUACAACUACCCAACAAUUAAAGUCUCUUCAGCUGAGUAAGGGACUUAUCACAAUGACUCUUUGGUAUAGAUACCUCCCUGGAGGACACCUUGCUUGCUGUGCUUACAUUACAUUCUCAAAAGCAUGAAAGCCAUUAGAACCUAAUAGCCUCUGUGACCUAGAAUUACUAUGGUAAAUUAUGCAUGUGUGCCUCUGCCUAUCUUUCUUUAAUGAAGCUUGAUUUCAGUCACACUAUUGCUUUAGGUUCCUUGGUAGUUGCUCACAAGAAAUGCAGCCUAGCUUGAAUUCUUUCCUCUAUAUCUUUGGCUGCCUCCCUGUGACCUUAACGCCAUGUAUCAAAAUGCUGUAGAGAUCCCCAGCCUGCCUGAGAGAGCAUUGUUAGGAACCUAGAUGUUACGCAAUAACUAGUCAGAUGUAAAGGAUGUUAUGCUCUGUUACGCCUGGCAUCCUGCAGCUAGAAUGUACCAGUGUCUUGGGACAGCUGGUUUCUAUCCCAGAUGAUAUACCAUCACAGUAGCUUGUGGUUUUCAACACUGCCCAAGAAAGAUGCAUACUAAUAUGUUUUAGCCCAGUUUUAACUCUUCAGUGCCAUGUGAUUUUUUUUGUUUUUUGUUUGUUUUAAUUUCCCUGAGGGGGGAAAAAGCAGCACUGAGAAUUGCAAAAGCUAUGGAGACUGAUAAGAACACAAUUCUUGGUGCUUUGGGGCAUUAGAGUGUUUACUUCAUAAUUUUUGAUGGUACAAGGGCUCAGAAAUGUGGGGUUUGAAGAAGUUAAUAACAUGGAAGAUCUAAGCCCCUACACCAGUAAGCUACUUAUCAUAGAAGACUUGCAUCACUGUACAGGCUGCUUAUCUGAUCUGUUUCUCACCAUGGUGGAAAGUGGAUCUAUUGCUUUUGUGUGUGUGCUGGGCUCAAGUAAUGCAAGUGUGUACACAGUUUAGGACUAAGCAGAAAGCAGAGAGAUUAGUCCAGUUCAUCUGAACCAACUAACCUACUGGCUACAUGCUGGUCCAGAAGUUCCACACCAUAGGAAUCUUGCUGGUUAUACCCUCCUAACAGUGUCUGUUACCUACUUUAUAAUGUUGUGUGGUGUUUAGACAACCCUCUUUUCCAGCGGCAUAGAGUACGGAUAUGAGAUCUGUGCUCUGAGAAUCAGUUGUAGGCCUGAGGAAAACUGGAGCUCCAUUUUGGGAUUGAGAACUUCCCUAUGGGAAGGCAUUCACUCUAAAGAAGCACUAUUAUAUUUGUUUAUACAGUAUUUGUAUACCU